CCAGAUGUUAACAAUGUCGAUCUUGCUUAAACUUUUAUUUCAGUUGGUUUCUUUGCUUGCUCUAAUCUCCUCAACCAUUGUGUCUGCAAAUCCAUAUAAUAGAGGAAGGCUCGGUCUUUCUGGAGGAAUUUUCCUACAAGGUGAUCAAACAAAAUCAACAAAAUCAUCACCACACACAAAUCCAGAAACCCCAAAGAAAGACUUUGAAAUCUUUUUUUACAACCAAACACUUGAUCACUUCAAUUACAAACCUGAAAGCUAUACCACUUUUCCACAAAGAUAUGUGAUAAAUACCAAAUACUGGGGGGGUGCCAAGGAAAACGCGCCAAUCUUCGUUUAUCUUGGUGCUGAGGCGCCAUUAAUUAAGAAUGAAACUGCUAAUAUGACUGGUGCGCUUCUAACCGAUAGUGCCCCUCGUUUUAAAGCUCUCUUAAUCUAUAUUGAGCAUCGGUUCUAUGGAAAAUCAGUUCCAUUCGGAUCAUUUGAAAAUGCGAUGAAAAAUGCUACUCUUCGUGGUUAUUUCAAUUCAGCUCAAGCAAUAGCAGAUUAUGCAACGGUUAUCACAUAUGUCAAGGAGAAACUUUCCGCUCCCCUCUCUCCUGUUAUUGUAAUUGGAGGAUCUUAUGGAGGAAUGCUUGCAACAUGGCUUCGGCUAAGGUAUCCCCAUGUUGCCCUCGGAGCUCUAGCCUCAUCUGCACCUGUGGUUAACUUCCAUGGCCUCCUCUCAUAUAAUGGGUAUCGUACCAUUGUCUCAAAGGAUUACAAGGAAGUCAGUAAGAGAUGUUACCGGACUAUAAAAAAAUCAUGGUCUAAAAUUGAUACAGUUGCUUUAAGGCCAAAUGGUCUUUCAAUCCUUAGCCAGAGAUUCAAGACUUGCUCGCGCAUAAACGGAUCGGAGGAGCUCAAGAACUACUUGCUCGAAAUGUAUGAAGUAGCAGCUCAAUAUAAUGCUCCACCAAAGUAUCCUGUUACUGUGAUCUGUGGUGCCAUUGAUGCAGCAUUGAAAAAAACCGAUAUUCUUGGCCGGAUAUUUGCUGGUGUCGUCGCCAUUAAAAAUAAUCAAACUUGCUAUGAUACGAGGCCCGACGCAACUUAUAGCGAAACAAAUAAGGGGUAUAAUUGGCAAACAUGCAGUGAGAUGGUUCAACCCUUUGGAGCGGAGAGAGACACUAUGUUCCAAAUUGAUCCUACGGACAAUGUAGUUAACUUCACCAAGGAUUGCAUUGACACCUAUGGCGUCCCACCAAGACUUCAUUGGGCCACAACCUAUUUUGGAGGCAAAGAUAUAGGAUUUGUUCUUCAAAGGUUUGCUAGCAACAUAAUUUUCUCCAACGGACUAAGAGAUCCGUAUAGUGUUGGCGGCGUGUUGAAGGACAUAUCAGACACUAUCGUUGCCAUUUCUACAAUUAACGGAUCUCAUUGUUUAGACAUAAUGGGAGCAAGGCAAACUGAUCCCGAUUGGUUGGUCCAACAGCGACAGAGAGAACUAGAUGUCAUUGAAGGAUGGAUCAGAAAGUACUAUGUUGAUCUUUUGUCCUAUAAAAAAUAAAAUAAUUGUUAAGCAUUAUAGUAUAAAUAGGGAUGCACUCGAUGUCACUCUAGAAAAUUAUAUAAGUGUGGUG